AUGACAGUUGCACGACCACCUAGCAAUGCAAAAUUAGCAACAACAAAAUCAGGGAACAGCCUAGUUGCAAAGGACACGAUUGAACGCGUUGCUCACAACGACAAUGGUGAAGAAGAUGAAGAAGAGGAUGAGGGUUUUGAUGAUGAAGAUGACGAUUACAGUGAUGACGAUAAUGUGUUCGAAUCAGAUGAAGAUGACGAGGAAGAAGAUGAUGAUGAAGAAGAGGAUGAUGAUGAAGACUACGACGAUGAGAACGAAGAUGACGACGUGGAAAUAAAAUCCAAAAAGAAGUACUACCACAACAUACAGAACAUCAACAACAUUAACAACAUCAUCAGCAUCAAUGCUGAUGCUGAUGAUGAUAAUGAUUACAGUUCUGGUUUCGAAGAUGAUGAAGAUGGUGGUUUAAAUGAGACUGAAGAUGAUGAUGAUGAAGAGGAGGAGAAGGAGGAGAUGGUUGAUCUUGAUGAUGAUGAUGAUGUCGGAUCCGGAGGUUACAAGGUGCACAGGACUGCAGCCUCUACAACAUCCAGACAUUACAGGAAACAAAAUGCAGAAGUCACAUCUACUCCUUACAAGAUAAAAAAUGAAGAAGACGACGGUGACGACGAUGACAUUCGGAUAAUUGAAUCAGACAGCAAGGAGGAUGUCAUCAACACAAACCGCAGCAGCAAGCAAAAGAACAUCCACACAAACGUCAUUGCCGGCGACAGCAGUUUUGCCAACAACAAAAACAACAAAGAUUCAGAUCAUAGUUCGCUGCUAAGCCAACCUGGGUUGUUAGCUGGCAUUUUGGGUGGAGCUGUCGUUGGCCUAUUGUGUGCUGUCCUUCUGGUCAUGUUCGGAGUUUACUGGUUGAAACGAAGGAAGCAACACCGCCACCAUCACCAGCACCUCACGACACCGUACUAUCCCGAGAAGACCACACAAUGCCCACCCCUCAAAGGGUACACCAAGAAUUUUGAUGACUACGACAUGUAUGCAUGA